CCGAAUGCCACACAUAUCAAUUAUCAUAUGGAUUGGGAUAAAGUUGAAGGAGGGGAAAUGAUGUGAAGUUUUCAUCAACAAAACCACCCGGAAUUACACCGUCUCCGGCCAUGACCGACGCAUUUUAGUCGCCGGAGGGGAGGAGCUAAAUCGGAUAAAUAGAUGGGGAUGUCCUGGGAAGACGUGGUGUUGAUAGAGAGAAGUAAGACUUCUUGCGACCCGUCGGUGGUGACGGUGAACUGCCCCGACAAGGCGGGGCUGGGAUGUGACCUGUUACGGAUUGUACUUGAAUUCGGACUCUAUGUUACCCGUGGAGAUUUCUCGACUGAUGGAAGAUGGUGUUACGUAGUCUUAUGGGUAGUCCCACGCCCAAACUCGGUGAGGGUCGAUUGGGAAAGCUUAAAAAAUCGGCUUUUAUCUUGUUGCCCUUCAUGUUUACCUACAUUUUAUCUCAAUCACCUCUCUGAUUCCGAUUCUGAUUCUUCCAAAUCACCUCCACUCUACCUGUUGAAAGUUUUCUCCCUGGAUCGAAAAGGGUUGAUACAUGAUGUGACGAAAGUCCUGUGUGAUCUUGACCUAGCAAUUCAGAGAGUUAAAGUGACAACAACCCCAGAUGGAAAAGUUCUGGACCUUUUCUUUAUUACAGAUGGCAUGGAGUUGCUUCACACGAAGAUACGACGUGAGGAAACAUGUGAACACCUUAGUGCCGUGUUGGGAGGAUGCUGUAUCACGUGUGAACUUGAGGUAGCAGGAGCAGAGUACGAUGUUCAACAAGUACAUUCUUGUAUUUCAGAAACAGUUGCUCAGGAACUGUUCGGAGGAUAUGAGGUUGAUGUUGAUCGUCCACAGUCUGAAGCUAGCAUAACAGUCGAUAAUUUACUGAGCCCAACGCAUACAUUGCUUCAAAUACGGUGUCUUGAUCAGAAAGGUCUCGUGUAUGACAUUUUCAAGAUCUCCAAAGACUGCAAUAUCCGUAUUGUGCAUGGGAGGAUCUGGAGCAGCGAUAAAGGGUACAGGAGUUUGGAUCUAUUUAUUCAGAAAGAAGAUGGGAAAAAGAUUGUGGAUAAAGAUAGCCAGGCUUUAUUAUGUUGUAGACUGAAGGAGGAGAUGCUGAAUCCAUUAAGAGUUAUGAUUACGAAUCGUGGGCCUGAUACAGAACUUGUGGUUGCUAAUCCUGUUGAGUUAUCUGGGAAGGGAAGGCCUCGGGUUUUUUAUGAUGCUACGCUUGCAUUGAAGACACUCGGGAUUUGUGUGUUUUCGGCGGAGAUAGGAAGACACUCGAGUUCACGGCGGCAGUGGGAAGUGUAUAGGUUCCUUUUGGAUGAAAGUCGAGGAAGCAGCAAUCGAGCUAAACGUGAUGAUGUUGUUGAAAAAGUCAGAAGAACCCUUAUGGGCUGGUGAAUGAAUCAAGAUUCAAGGACGAAAUAUAUAUAUAUAUAUAUAUAUAUA